AUGCGCUUGCCCAGUCUGAAUAGGCAAGGAGGGAAAGCUGGUUCACGGCGACCUCCGUGGGCUGACGCCGAUGAGCAGGAGGACGAGGAGACAGCGCUAGCCAAGAUUAAACGAAACCUUGUGUUUCAGCGUGAGUUACGAUUCAUCCGCCUCAGCCUUGUCUUGGCGGGAAGUGUAGUGCUUUCUCGUCUGCCCAGUGCAGUGCUCACCAUAGUGCGUCUGGAAGACGGGGUCUCUGCGAAUUGGCGUCCUAAUGGUAUGUCACACCCGCAUCUCUGGCCGUUCGUUCUCAUCUGCCAGAUCCUUGACUUCAUGAUGCCAGUUCUGCGGCCGAUUGCCUAUGCCGCCACAUGUCGUGAGUACAUUCGUACUGUCGUCAGCCUUGUUUCCUGUCGACCGGUGGAAAAGAAUAAUUUUUAUUUGGUCGAUUUCAUGGAGGCACAAGGCUACGAAGAAAUGAAAGAGCGUAAAGCUUUGAUGCUUGACAGCUGA